UCCCGCCCCCCGCCUGUCGCCGCGCAUGCGCGCCCGCUCGCGCAUGCGUAUCGCGGCGGAACGGCGCGAGGCUGGCUGCCGGUGGUGUGAGCCCGCCCUCUGCGGCCCGUCGUCCUGCGUCGGGACGGAGAAUCCAAAGGGCGUCGGUGGACUUAGGUGAUUUCAGUUUGGAUCAGAAGGUCAUGAUGUGAAGAAGCGUACGGGGCUGUGAAGAGUACAUUGGCCAUGUUUCCUGAAGAUCUGACGUUUACAGUGGAAGAGACAUUUUAGUGGAAGAUUUGCUAAGGGAAUUCAUUCUGUACUUUUUGAAGUAUAGAGUGAAUGAAUGAUUUUAUAUAAAAUAUUACAUAUAUGUACAAUAUAUAUAUGUGUGCGUAUACAUACACAAAAUUCAGAGACUGUAUUUAUGAGCUAUAGUAAUUAUUGUAGUAAGAUAGCAUUUGUUAGCUGUCAUUUCAUUUGAUAGAAUGCAGAAGUGUUUGGAAAAAUGUAGAGAUCAAAAUAAAAAACAAUGUUUUGUACAGGGCGCAUGUUGAAUGCCAAACCAUAUUCAAGUAGGUUCCCUUAAUUUCAGAAAGGAAGGAUGUAAUGUUUAAGUGUAUCGUUUCAGUGAUAGAAAAUAAAGGCUAUAAGUUUCUCUAAAGGAAAACAGAGAACUUUAUAGGUGCAGUUAAGUCAUUGGUCAUGUAAAAAAUGAAUGUAACUGAAUGCUUGCUUACUAGUUUGAAAAUUAGGGACCUCAAAUUAAACUUGUGUGUACGUUUCUAAACCGCAGGCACUUUUUCAUACUGGGCAAAGAAAUGACCUCUGCUGUAAAGAAGCAUGUGAUCCACAAAUAGCUGAAGAUGCCUAAAUAUUUUGAAAAAGCAUUGCUGUGUUUUGGAUCUUCUCUGUGUUUGCACGCAGACACUGGUGCUCUAAGCUAAUUCACCCUUUCUUCUGAUCCGUUACAGACAGAUUUUUUUUUGUUGUUGUUGUUCUUUUAAAAUGAAUUCCCUAGCCAACAGAAGGACCUUGAACUGCUUUCAUAUGUUGUUGAAUGAAUAACUAAAAAAACCUUGGACUGGAAUCCAAAAGUGACCAGUAGUUAGCAAGUCAUCAUACAAAUCAGAGUAACUGCGUAUGAGGUCUUAACCUGCAUAAAGUUGAAAAAUAUUUGUUGAAAUAACAAUGUGGAGCACUAACAUCAAUUCCUGACGCUUCAGAAAGUAACACUUCAUGAUAGUGAAAUCUUGGUACCAUGGGGCAGGAGUUUCUUAGCUGCUGUGCCAAGCAAAGGAAAAAAAAAAAAAAAAAAGACUUGUUUCUUCAGUAAAUGUGUUUUGUGUCAGGUUUUUUAACCCAGAUGCUACUGAAAUGCAUUAAUUCAUUUAAGUAGUUAAAUGACAUCGUUUCUGCUGGGGAAAAAAUAAUUAAAAAAACCUGAUCCUUUAGAAAACUUUGUUUAAUUUCUGAGGGAUGGGCACGACAGGUUAGAAGACAGAUUGAAAAUCUCACAACAGUAGUGUAGGAGUAGUGUGCAAGUCUUCCUAAAGUUAAUUUAUUAGUAGGAGAAAAUUCCAAAUAAUCUGUGCUCAGAUUAUAAGACCCAAGGAUGGAUUGUGUGCUGUAUAAAGAAGAAGUCUCUAAUUUGAUGUAAAGUGAUGUGAAAUCCGUUAAAUGAAAAAUCUCAUGUAAAGUGAAGUACUAUAAGCAUAUAUGCUGUGAAGUCAUUUUCCCUAAUGGUAACGAAGGGUAUGUUUUCACAGCACAGUUGUUCAAGAUUUGCUGCUUCAUUUUCUUUUUCUCCUACUUCUGUCUGUGCUGUUAACUCAUUUGUUGGCAUUAGUGCUGUUAUACUUGCUCAGCUGAGUCAAAUCUCUAACAAAAUAAAAGGGCAUCUCUUUUGUUGUCUGUUUCUGAGAUGUUAACAUGAUUUUGCUCUUUGAGCAUAUGAGUGACCAUACUUUGAAAAGCAGAGUACCGGAGAUAACAAGACGUGGAGAGGAAGAUCAGAGGAAUAAGUUGCGGCCAAAAUUGGAUGGAUUUUAGUGGAUUCUGAAGUAUGACAUCAUGGCAAGAUUUCGCAGAAGAACAUGCAUCAUUUUGUUGCUUUUUAUUUUGUUUGUUUGCUCAAUAAUGAUGGCUUUGAAGACUCUGAGACCUGACAGAGCUGGCUUUGGGGAUCCAUUUGGACUUGGUUUAUUGCCCGAGCUUCAACAACGGACAGAGCUCUUAGACAGUAAACGGAGUUCACUGAAUAGGGUUCAAGGAGAUACUGUAACACAGAUUGGUAAUAUGCAUGCUGCUGCGGUCAAUACUUUGAAAGCAUCCGUGCCUCCUGUGAACAAGUUGGAAGGAGAGCUGUCUUCUCCAAAUUAUAACUUUCAUGUAUUCUAUUACAGUUGGUUUGGGAAUCCACAGUUUGAUGGUAAAUAUAUUCACUGGAACCAUCCGUUGUUGCCGCAUUGGGAUCCCAAAAUUGCAAACAAUUAUCCAAAGGGAAGGCAUAAUCCUCCUGAGGACAUUGCGGCCAAUUUUUAUCCUGAACUUGGAUCUUACAGUUCCAAAGAUACUUCUGUCAUAGAAGCUCACAUGAAACAAAUGCUUUCAGCUUCAAUUGGUGUAAUAGCACUUUCAUGGUACCCGCCAGGUAUGGCUGAUGAAAAUGGGGAACCAACCGAUGAUUUGGUGCCUAUUAUUUUGGAUUAUGCAAGCAAAUACAAUCUAAAGGUCACUUUUCAUAUUGAGCCCUACAAAGAUAGAGAUGAUCGCAGUAUGUACCACAAUGUGAAAUACAUCAUUGACAAAUAUGGAGCCCAUCCAGCCUUUUACAGGCAUAAGACCAGCACAGGCAGAUCUCUUCCCAUGUUUUAUGUUUAUGAUUCUUACGUAACAAUUCCUGAAAUAUGGGCAAAUCUGUUAACUGUAUCUGGAUCCCAGACUAUCCGAAAUACUCCAUAUGAUGCAUUAUUCAUUGCUCUUCUUGUAGAAGAAAGACAUAAGCAUGAUAUUCAAAGAAGUGGCUUUGAUGGAAUGUACACGUACUUUGCCACAAAUGGGUUCUCUUACGGCUCAUCUCAUCAUAAUUGGGCAAGUUUAAAAGCCUUUUGUGAUAGCAACAACUUAAUGUUUAUUCCGAGUGUGGGACCUGGAUAUAUCGACACCAGUAUCCGACCGUGGAACAACCACAACACCCGUAAUCGCGUCAAUGGAAAAUAUUAUGAGACUGCCUUUAAUGCAGCCCUUUUGGUGCGACCAGAAAUUAUUUCCAUUACAUCUUUUAAUGAAUGGCAUGAGGGUACUCAGAUUGAAAAAGCUGUCCCCAAAAAGACUGGACAAAUAGUUUACCUUGAUUAUAAGCCCCAUAAACCAAAUGUUUACCUAGAGCUCACUCAGAAGUGGUCUGAGAAGUACAGAAAAGAAAAAGAACAGUGGCUUAUGUGAGCUAUUUCUGCUGCAGUUGUUUCUUAGCAUAUUGAAUACAAUGAGAAAGAAAUUGAGAGCUGAAGAAUCCGUUAUGAAAUGCCUUUAUUAUGGGUAUGUUUAAAUCAUUAUAUCACAUUAAUGUAUAUGCACUACUACUGACUUUUGAAGAGUAAAAAAGUGUGAGAACAUUGGCAUCUCUCUCAUUGGAUACUGUAGUUCAAGAAUGCUUUAUUUUAAUUAGUAAUUUGCAUGCUGAGCUUCAAGAACAUCUGCAUGGGAUAACUACAUGACUGAAGUAGUACAAAAAUUUGACAGAUAUUUGUAUACUUUAUUCAUGUGUUUCUGUUUCUAAUCAAACUGAUCUUUUCAGCUAAAUUUAAUCUUGGUAGCUUGCUUUUUGCAGGAUGCAUGUCUGUAGCGUGUGGAGUAAUCUACAGCUACUGUUUUUAUGCUUUGCACUUGGAAAUUCUUCAUUAUAUGAUUAUUUUGUGGUAAAAACACUGUUCGUAUGUCUGAUGCAACAUUAGUGAGUUUUCCUUUAUUUCAUUUUUAAAUAAGUAUUUUUGAAAAAUUGAGUUCCAGAGAACUACUGAAAUAUUUCUAGUUUACUUGUAUUUGUUCUGUUCAGUACAUGCUGCAUCCUUUUGCACGUUACUGGAUGCUGACAAAUUACAUAGUUUUUCUAUGUCUGAUCUUAAUAAAAAACUAAAAUCCCACGACCGAACAAAACAACAACAACAAAAAAACCCUGAAAUAGAGGAGAAAAAAAAACACUAUAGUUAUAUUGUCUGUUGACUACAGACACAGAUUUAGUUUUGUUUUUUAAAAUGUUCAAAGAUUCUAAAGCUCAUGUUUUGCUAGUCAUACAGUAAAUAUCAUUUUAAGUUAUGCUUCUUCAUUUAUAAUUUUUGGGGCAAUGUAGUUUGGUAGCAGUGACAUCAGCUACUCAUUAUUCUUAUUUGAAAUCAGAUUUCUGGAUCUUGGAAAUACAUGAAAAUAGAACAGUAGAUACUAAAGUCUUGUUAGUUGUUCGAGUAAGCUCAUCAGCACUACUUUUAACAAUAUGGUGUGCCUGGAUAUCAGUUCUUUUUAGACAUAAGUGUCUCAUCUUUCCAGUGUAGUGACUACUAUUUGUUUUUCUUACUGAAGCUUGAAAAUAUCAAAUCACAUGGAUAUCUCCCCUCAAGAAUCCAUUUUUGGAAGGCGAGUUUUUUUGGGAAGGGGACACGGACAUUUUCAUACAACUUUACAGGACAACAGUAGGCAUGGGAUUAUUGCAGUAUAUGUUUAUUUGCAGCAAGUGUUUAAUCUGUAACAAAGUGGCUUUUAAAAAAAAAAAAAGCUGAUCAUGUGUUGUAGUUAAUAUACUGAAACUGUUGUAACCACUAGAAUCCUUUCAGCAGGACCCAUUGUGAUUACUCACACUUCUUCCUUGGUUAACUGUAGUGCUCUGUCCAUGAGGUUGUGAGGUGGAUGUGGGGAGUUGUGGUUAAAAAAGAAGAUAAAAUGACAAACCAAAAGAGAGAACAGUAUGCUUUUCUUUCCAAAAACUUGUGUCAUUCCAAAUAAACAUAAAUAAGCUACUGUAUGGGCUGUUCUGAAAGUAAUGUCUCCUAUUUAUUUUGAUGGAAACUACAACAGCUACAAAGAGCACAGUAUUGCUAUUUGACAGAGUAAAUUCUCAGCUAAAAACAGCACUUUUCAAUGUAGUCACCAACAUUAGCUGUGCAUUUUUGGCCAGUGAUGAACAAGAACCUGCAUGCCACAUAAUAAAAAUCUCCAGCAGUGGAGGUGGCCCCCUGUUGUUAUUGCCGCUGCUGAAAUGCCUCACUCUGCGCACAUCCACUGUUUGGUCUCCGUAGAUGAUCAGCAAGCACUGAUGCUUGUCAGUGGUUGCCAUCUUUCUGCAUGGAAGAACUCAGUGACAUACCUUUGCUUCAUACACACUUCUGAGUCAGAUGCCCUUCUGUUGGACUGCCCCUCUGCUGCAAUCUGUCACAGGGGAACAAAAUGUUAUGGAAUGUUGACAAGAAGGCUCAGCCUCUACUGUCAUACCAUUAACAUCCACCUCUGACUUUGUGGGCCACUGUAAUAGGAAGCAUUACUUUUGGAGCAGCCCUUGUACAGAUGUUUUCUGUAGUCCUUCUGGUAUGAAAAGGCGUGUGUUUGUGUUUGCACUUACUUGCAAAUUAAUUCUCGUCACUCAUCUGCAAGUAUUAAAAGGCUGAGGUAUCACACAACCAUCUCAGUUCAGCUUUUUUCAAGAAAAUGUGGAACUUGGGUUACAGGUAUAUAACCUGACACUUUAAAGUGAACUUCUGGAGUUACUGCAUUCUUGCUAAUAUAAUUUUUUUGCAUUUUCUUGCUGCAUCUCUGCAAACUUGAAAGUGUUUCUAACAGAAAUGUUUGCUAAAGUUUAUUUUGUUUCAGUUGCUCUCAGGUGGGUAAGCUAAAGAAGAUACAGAUAUGACCACUGUUAUUAGUGUCUGAGACACUUAAAGCACUUGUUAAGAGUUUACCACUUUCAAGUUAACUGCUCUCUGUUUAUUAAGGAAAGUUGUUGAUACAUCUUGACUGUAACUCUGUAGUGUAACUAUACCUGAUUUGUUUUUUUUUUUUUUUUUAAUUUGGUACCUUUAAGCUUUACAGUCCAAGGAAUUGUCCGUAUAUUUGAAGGGAUGACUAACUGCAUUGCGUAUCUAUAUUGAAUAUAUUAUUUAAAAAUUUUUCUGAAUUCAGAUCUUUUUUAAAGGGCAGAUCUUUUUCUCUGCUUAAACUUUGCCAUCCAUUCUUUUGUCACUGUAGUUGUCUGAACUGCUUACUAGUUGUGAGAACUGUUCACUCAGCUUCAAGCUUCUCGCUUUUUCCCAGUGACAGUUUUUGUCAGUAGAAGUUGCUUCUUUUGUUGCUGUGUAUGGAAGCAUUUUAAAUUUUUGUGCGGUGUUUUACAACUGAGAUAAUCUGUCUUUGUUAAAAAUAUAAUUUAUGGUAACAGCAUAAUAUAUCUUCCUUAGAAAAACUUCUGUGGCUGCUGCAAAGAUAUCAUUUAGCUCUUGCUGUGAAGUGGUAUGGGCUGUGAUGCACAGGUGUCUAAUGUGAUCUUUAGAAGAAUGUAAGAAUUUCUCAAAAAAUAAAAUAAAGGAGUACUUAGCAACUUAUCGCCACUGAGCACUUACUGUACUUUUAUGUGCUUAAUGUGUUUUAAAGUCUAAAUACACCACCUGGAAAAAACAUAUUUCCAAGUGUAGAACUUAAUUUGAGGAGAUCUGAUGGAGUAGCAGCUACUAGAACUACCCACCUGCCUACUCAGUAUUUUCUCUAUGCUUGGGGGAAAAAUUACUGCAAGUAUUGGAACAAGAAUUAGACUUAUGCUGAUGGAUUACUGCUGCAGUCAUAAUAGUUUUUGGAAAAAUGGCUAAAAUAUUUCUGUGGGAGAAGUUUCAUAUGGAUGCAAAGAAGUAAGAUUCUCUGCUAUAAGAGCGCAGUUAAUAGGGGCAGGGGAAAAGGUGAAUGUAUUUAGAAGGUAAUUGCUCCAAGCUUUGAAACUAAAAAUGAAAAAAAAAAAAUCCAGUCAAAAUUAGGAGGAAGAGAAAACUCUAUAAUGAGUUUCAGGUCUGAAAAGGAAUUUAAGGAAUAUCUAGAUCACUUCAGCCUCGCUCCCCUACUUUUUUUUUUCUCUUUUUUUCUGUGAGCUAGUAAAUUGUUUCAGUUCUUUGAGCUGAGAAGUGAAGCUCAAUACAUCUUCUGAAAGCAGGGUUUGCAUUACAUCUUGCACAGAUCUAUAAACUAGUACUGAAUUUUAAUUUAAGGGAAAGAGCGUGUGCAUAUGCUGUUACUAUUUCAGUGCAAGGUGUAAAUUAUGGUGAAUAUAGAUUCUGUUCCAGGGUAUAUCGUGUUUGCCUAGUGCCUUUCUUUUGCCAGUGAUUUGUCUCUUAACAGGUUUUUGAAACAGAAGGAUGUUUAUUUUUAUUAUGAAAUUUUAUAUCUACACUGUACAUAGUUUGAAUUUAACAUUUCACAUGCAGCUCUUGGAAAGUGUUUUACGGGAGUUCGUGUUUUUAGCACUGUGAUGAUAGUAGGAGAAUAUAUCUCUCUGCACAUGGACGGGGCUGCUAUUGGUGUUAUUUUUUUUUUCUUGUGGUUGCUUUUUUCAUUUUCAAUUGAAUCUAGUGUACCCCAAUCCUAAAGAGGAAGUAAACUAUUCACAACCUAAUGGCCAUUUUAAGAGAAGUUGAAAUUCUCACUGCCAGUCUUAAGGGAUAAGUAUUGAUCUUCAUCCUUUUACUUGCUUAAAUUAGUGUCAAUACUUCAUUUUUUUUCUGUUACUUCUGACCACUACAUUAAAUGUUCUGUAAGCUUCUGAAGUGAUUUUAGUUCUCAAUUUCAUUAAGAGAAUCUAGAAAAAUAGUGCAAAAGAGCCUGAUACAAGUUUCACAUUGUACAGAUAUGUUUUUGUUGUGAAUGGAUAGUGUAUCUUGGUUGUGUAUUAAACAUGGAUAAAUAAAAUAAUUUGUUUCUUCUAAUACCCUCCCUGGCUGCUACAGAGAUGCAUUUGCUUACGUGCAUAUAUAAAACGUGUGUGUGUCAAUUUGUAUAUAUUAUAUAAACGUAUAUAUAUCUAUAUGUGUGCAUAUAGCUGAAUUAUUUUUUUAAGUACUAUAUCAUUGAUUUAAAAUUAUAAGCUAGAUUUUGCUACCUUUUAAGCAAGCGAUGUUUUUAAUUCCCUAUGGUGUUUACAAAAAAAAAAAAAGUUGCUUAUGUAUGAAUACUAUCAUGAAUAAUAAACACAUGCCCAAAAAAAAUGUGGCUUAAGUAGAGUGUUUGAUAGUAUUUUUUUAAUAGUUUGAGUUUGGAAAAUAAUUGUUUUACUUUUCUAUCACACUAUGGGUGUAGAAUUGAAUUAAACUGAAAGGAACAGGCUUAUCAGUGGUUUUAAACUGACAGUGCUCCUGAAGAUUUUAGGCCUAUUUGUAUUACAUCUUUUGAGGCUACUAAGUUAGAUCACUUGUGUGUGCAUAAUGUGCAGUGUCUUUGAGUCCUCAGGUACUCCUCUAUUUUGGCAAAGUAAAGCUGAAAUUUCUGGUUUAGACAGAACUUUAAGAUGAGGGGAUGCUCACAACAGAAGAGCUUACAACAGAAUGCUAGAAUGGGUUCUAGGAAGUCGUCAUUGUUCUUAUAGUAUAUUAUACUAUUUGGGCAUAAAAGCCAUCAAAAAGAUAAAAGUUGCCAUCUUACUGUUAGCAACAGAAAUGGGAAAUUACCUUCUUGGUGUUGGAAAUAUGUCUUGUUAUUCCCAAAAGGCUAACUACUGUGAAUAAAGAAGAAUAAAACUCAUUCACACAUUCAUUUAGUACUGUAUGUUUCUAUACAUGAAUCAAAGUAUUUUACGGUGUUGAGAAAUUUCACGUUUCCUUGGAUAUGUUGUAAGUAACUGUUGGCUGUAGUAAAAACAGAUGAUCUUGCCCCACAACACUAAUUAUUUCUUGAAGAAUUAGUGUCUCAGGAAAGUCGAGAAGUAAACACAAAACGUACUUAAAAUUUGAACUUCUGUAUGCAGCUGUAAUAGAUGCUCUUGCAGGGGACUGUGUAGUACUUACGCAUUUUAGUAGAUAAAAUAUCUCCUAAUAUAUUUCAUGUCAUUACAUGUUAAUUUAGUAAUAUGUAUUAAAGUUCACGAAUGUUUUAAAUUG